UGGUAACAGGACGCUUAUGUUGCUGCAGUGCGACAACUGGGACGACUUUACAAACUAACGAGCUUUUAAUGUGUAUUAACAGCUUUGUUUAGUCAGGUGUUUGGUUUGUGUUUAAACGGAAUGGCAUGUGAAUACUAUUUUAUACCGCAAACAAGGACGUAAAUUUAGCGAACGCCUUCGUUGAUGGUUAGCGUUCAAGCUAACUAGUGAAGGCUUGUGCUGCCUUCAGGGACUAUCGAAAAUCAUGUAUUUAGGAAAUAAGCUCCACUUAUUGACCUGAAUUUUACAAUCAAAGUGUAAGGCAAAAAAAAAAAGAUGUCUUUUUUGAGAAAGUAUAUUUGAUUUCUAUAGUACCUUUCACUUGUAAAAAAAAAAAAUCAAACUGUUUCUCAAAGAGUGCAUAUAAGAUAAAUUGUGAUAGAAGUACAAACACAUUUACUAAUAAUUUAAAUAGUAUAUGAAACAAUAUCGAAGAUAUUUCCCGACAUUAAAGUACAUACUGAUAUCAAUUUUAAUACUAAAACCUGAGUUGAGUGAAAGUGAGAUUCUGAAGGUAAAAUUUCGGUGGUUACCUGAAGGCAGCAAACAGUCCGGUCCCGCAAAGUUAGCUAGUCUGGCAGUUAGCCGUUGGACCGCAGCAUCAGCACCAUUAUCAUCACCACAACUGCAAAAAGGAUUCCGCUGCUGCCUUGACUCUGCUGGAUGACGAGAUGAGUCGCUUCUGUUCGGACAACAAUAAUUUCCCCUACGACAACAAUGUCCUGGUACUGGACAUGGUGCUGGGGUCUCUGUGGGGGGUCCCUCAGCCCAUAAACUGGGAGAAUGUGGCCAAACUGGUGCCAGGCUUCACUCCUAAAGAGUGCGCCCAUCGAUUUGAGGAGCUGAAGGCCACGGCGGGGUUUCCCCAGGUGGAUUAUCAGUGUAAUGACCUAACGGGAGGAAGCGGCUCGCCGUCUGACAGCCUGUCUGCCCUGCUGGAAGCUGGAGAUGUGAUCAAGAGAGAAGGAGGCAGUCAAAGCUGCAGCAAAGUCGCAGGCUCCAAGUCGCUCCCUGCUGGAAGGGGAGGAACGGUGGAGAAGGAGGAGUCGCAAGUCUCAGUGGAAGAGGAUAAAAAACCUCAAAAACCACAGGAUCUCAACAUGGUGAUCCACGUCUGUGAUGAGACCAAGAACCUUAAGCAGGAUUUCACCUGCCCCAGAGAUCUUCUAGUCAAAGAGAUGCGCUACUUUGCUGAGUAUUUAUCCGUGGACCAGCAGAGGUGGGAAGAGGUGGACAUCUCGGUCCACUGCGACGUCCAGAUCUUCGACUGGCUCAUGAACUACGUCAGGAGGAACUCGGCAGGAGAGGGGAACAAGGACAAACCCCGACUGGAGCCCAGCAACGUGAUCUCCAUCCUGAUCUCCUCUGAGUUCUUAAAGAUGGAUACAUUAGUGGAGGAAUGCAUCCAGUACUGCCAUAAACACAUGAGCGCCAUCGUUGCCACUCCCUGCAACAUGAACUGCAUCAAUAGCAACCUGGCAACACGGAUUGCCGAGCUCUUCAACCACAACGAGGCCGACGACAUCCGCGACAAAAAAGAUAAAUUCAAGAGCAAACUGUUUCAGAAGAAAAUCGAGCGACUGUUUGAUCCAAACCACCAGAACAAAGAUUCACCAGGAAACGCCUCGACUCUCUACAGGUGCGGUUUGUGCCUCAAGCUGCUGACCAAAGACACGGAGAGGAAGAUUUCCUGCGUUCCAGGGAAAAUCAACGUUGACGUCCGAGGACAGAUCAUCUACACGCACACAAGAAAGAAGAGCUGGGAUGUGCAUGAAUACACCACAGCUUUAUAUGAGGAGCUCAAGUCCUGGGUUCACGUUUACUGGAGAAUCUGGGGAACCAUCAACUACCUCACCUGCUCCCGCUGUCAGCAGGUGUUUGUUUGUGCAGAGCUGACCCAAUGCAAAUACCACCCAGACAGCGUGUCGUACCCCGGCAUGGGCGCAGAGAAAGGCUGGCAUGGGGCGGGAAUAUACCCCUGCUGCAACCAGAGGGUUCUCCGCUUUGACCCCACUGGGAUACCAAAGGGUUGUAAGAUGCGGGAUCACAUCGUGAACGUACCGGAUGAGGAGAAAUGCGACGAGGCGACGGCAGCUCAGACCAGAGUCCUUAACGACCUGCUGCUGCACAGAGACGCCGUGUGUUUGUCCAACGCGUCGCCGGCAGAGAGCUCUGAGGAGAGUUCGCCCGGAGCAGAGAAAGUCCCAGACUGCAACGCUCUCCUGGAGCCGACACUCCUCGGACCUCUGAGAGGAGACGGCAGCUCUUUUUCCCUUUUCAAGAACUGGACUCUUCAGCUGAGGCAGCAGUCUCUCCUGUCGGAGGACGAGGAGUACACCACGGGGUCAGAGGUCACCGAAGACGAGGUCGGGGACGAAGAAGAGCUGUCAAAGAAACAAGCUGCUAAGAAGGCGAAGAAGCCCCACAGACCUCUGAAGAAACAGCUUUCCUCUCCGAACUUCCAACGCAAAGACAAAUCUGAGAAGCCACAGUCUAGAGACAGCACACCUUUCACCGUGAGCCUCCAGAAGAGUAAGUGGGACAGUUCUCGCUCGCUGCGCUACAACCAGGACGCUCAGAGAGAGGAAGACCAGCGCCGCAUGGCGGAGCUCGUCGGCCACCUGACCAAGAUGAGGUUCGGAGACCAGGAGCCGAGUAAAUCCAAGGACACCAAAGAGCCGGCCGGUGGGAUCUACGCCCGGCUGGAGCUGCAGUUCAGAGGCGGCGCGCCGACCAGACCGACAGCGGAGAAAGCCCCCAGAUCCAAGUCGCGUUACGCUCAAAUCCGAACUACUUAACGAUCCCGAAGUGAUGAAAGAUGGACAGAAACCCUGAAGAUGAGGAGCCGUCUCCAGACGAGGGACAGGCAGGUGUGGACUUCCUGCUCUUUGCCGUCUCCGUACAUGUGGACCUCCAUCGGCCGCGCUGCGUGUUUGUGCAGCUGUGGCCGUUCCUCAAUAAACAAGGCGAACCCUCAUUGCUGCUUCAUGAGCGCAGCAGGACCUCAAACACCAGAAAACGUCGGCCAUGUUGUUUAUCUGAGAGAUUCCCACGUUUUCCUCCUUACCGGAUCUGAUUUGUAAUUUCUCUCGGUUCUGGUCAAAAUGCUUUCAUCUGUAACUGUAUUCAACUAACAACACAUCUAUAAACACAAAAACAAAAUUAACAAGUUGCAUCUUUUGCCCACUAGGUGGCAGCAUACAACCUUGGCAGAGGUUUUAAGUGAUCAACUUUGCCCCAGUUUUACCCAGAACAAGUCACCUUUAGUCCCAACGCUCGGCCAGGUGAUGCCAACAAUGUGACCAAAGGGUUUUACUUCUUGGUGUGGAUGAAGCGUCCAAUCAGCUGCCAGCACCUUCUUGUUUAGGUCAGAGAGCUGGUUGCUGCACUGGGUGGAGGGUCAGGCCGGAGAGGUUCUGGUCGGUAUUAAUAACCCAGCUGCACACCAGGGCAUAAGGGGACAUGAAGAGGCAGUGUGGGCUGGGUUCUUCUCCCAAACCCCCUCAUGGUGGGUGGGGGCUAUCCCAGCUGUCCCUUCUUCUUCUCCUCGACAGCAGAUGCCGAGAAUGGCCGAGGAUCUGUGGAUGUGGGUGAGGGGGUCCGGUUACAGCAGGACUGAAUUAUGGGCCCACAGAGCGGCCCGGACGUAAGCACAUCAAAGAAAACCAGGGGGGGAGACAAAAAAAGUCCCCAAAACAAACUCAAACGUAGAUUUAAGAGUGUAAUCUGAAACAAUUAAUCAAGAUUAAUCAAUUAUUUCAAUAAUUAUCAGCUAAUUUAGUAACCGAUUAAUCGUUAACUGGAGCAUACAGACUCAAAAAAAGGCAAUUUGCUGAAAGAACAACAUAUUCAGAGCUGUAAUGAAGCCAAAACGGUACCAAUUAUUUUUAAACCUCUGGAAUCUUACAUUUUUGAUACCAGAUAAAUUAAGGCUGAAAUGAUUACUUGAUUAUUAAAAUAAUUAUUAACUACUUUAGUGACCAAUUAAUCAUUAGCUGAAGUGCAAAAAAGGCAAAGUUUUGAGCUGUAAUUAAGACAAAACUGUACAAAAAUAUAUACAUCUUAUAUUUAAGAUAACAGAAAAAACUGGCUGUAGCUCUGUUCUGCUAUAAAAACUCCUCAAGUGGUUUAGUUUCGUUUCACCUGGUUCAGAUUCGUUAAGAAAAUCUAUUAAGGCCUUUCGCUAAUCUAAAAAAUAAUCCAGAUAUUAAUAAGUCAAACAGAUAUGACUGAACUUUUCACAUAUUGAUGUUAGAAGUAUUUCUUUUAGCUGCAGAUGCAUCAUCUGGUUCAAAUGCUCAAAGGAAAACUUGCUGCAUUUUAGGGAAUAAAAUGUUAUUUACAAAAGGAAUAUACUCGUUUAUUUGCAUUUUUUAAUGCAUUUACAUUAUUGUAUACACAAGGCUCAAAUGAAAAAAACAGCUGAAUGUGGCAAUUUUUUUAUUAGCUGAUUAAUCAUCAGAAUAAUUGCUGAAAUAAUCAUUAAUAGCAGCUCUAAGAAUGAUUUAAAUAAACUUUGUCUGCAAGUGACAUUUCAACUUCUAUUACUUAUAAAAACCUGAGCAGAACUGAUGGAUGAUUAAUCAGAGUAGGGCUGAACCAAUUAAUAAUCAUUUAGUAAUCAAUAACUGGAACAUACAGACAAAAAAGGCCAUUUGCUGAAAGAACACACACUCAAUAUUAAUCAGAGUAAUCUGAAAUUAUUUUUUCCAAAGACGUUUCAUGAUUGAUCCUGGAACACUUUGCACUAAUUUGAUGAUUGAAAAACUUAAACAGAUAAAAACAAUAAAUAUUUUUGUUGUUGAA